ACAGAAGAUGUCUCCCCCUCGGGCUGCACAAACGCUCGGACAGUUCGGUGGAGGUGAUUUUUUUACAGCAACAGCAGCUCGGUGCUCGGCUGUGGCCGCUGUCUGCACCGCCUGUAGCAACACUACAGCAAAGGAUGACGCCAUUUCUGUAAGCUGAAAAACGCCAACACUUCAGCGCCAAAACGCGGCGAACAAGCGGAUGCCAACAGUCCGCAAUUCACCUCGCAUUGCUAGACGUGUGAAUUGGAAACGAUGGACAUGGACUCGUCGUCCGAGCGAAUACUUCUGGAGCCCUACAGCUACUUGCUGCAACUGCCAGGAAAACAGAUGAGAAAAAAACUUGCUCACUCAUUUAACCAUUGGCUUCACAUUCCACAAGACAAGCUACAGGUGAUCAUUGAAGUGACUGAGAUGCUGCACAAUGCCAGCUUGCUCAUAGACGACAUUGAGGACAACUCCAAGCUGCGACGAGGCUUCCCCGUGGCUCACAGCAUUUAUGGCAUUCCUUCAGUUAUUAACUGUGCAAAUUAUGUUUACUUCUUGGGGUUAGAGAAGGUGCUGACCCUGGAACACCCCGAGGCUGUCAAAGUGUUUACCCGACAGCUGCUGGAGCUGCACCGCGGCCAGGGUCUGGAUAUCUAUUGGAGGGACCACUACACCUGUCCCACUGAGCAGGAGUACCAAAAAAUGGUGCUGCAGAAAACUGGAGGGCUCUUUGGUCUAGCUGUGGGCCUAAUGCAGCUCUUCUCAGACUGGGACACAGACUUGAAACCCCUCCUGGAUACGCUGGGCCUCUUCUUCCAGAUCCGUGAUGACUAUGCCAACUUGUGCUCUGGUGACUACACAAAGAGCAAGAGCUUCUGUGAGGACCUGACAGAGGGCAAAUUCUCCUUCCCCAUCAUUCAUGCCAUAUGGUCGUGCCCAGAAAGCACUCAGGUGCAGAACAUCCUUCGUCACCGCACGGAGAGCACAGACAUCAAACGCUACUGUGUGGAUUACCUGGAGAAGUUGGGCUCAUUUGCGUACACCCGGCAGACUCUGUUUGAGUUGGAAGCUGAAGCAUAUCGGCUCAUCAAGGAGUUUGGUGGAAACCCUCAGCUGGAGAGUCUGGUGGAAAACCUCAGCGAAAUGCACCAUAAGGGAGAAAUGAUGGCAGGAACCAGUACUGAGCCACACUCCAGCCCAAACCACUGACCUCAACCACCUUUUGCACGUGUUCUCCAACCAUGUGCCAUGAAGGUCCAAGAGGGUACAGGGUCUCAUUACAACCAGACAGCCACUGAAUUUUAACACCAGUGUGAAUUAAGGGGGAUUCGUUAUUGAAAUUGUCUGUGGGUGGUGGCAAAAUAAAAUCUACUCCCUCUUGGAUCUUCGUGAGAUCAUUGUUGUUCUCCUACUAGCCUUAGCCUAUCUAAUAACACACACGUUUUAACAUAACUAGCGACUGCGUGUAUAGCUUAGGAUUGGUAAUAUUUAAAUUUAUUUUAAGUCAUACUUUAUCACAUUUGAACUUUCUUUUUGUGGACAAUUUGGAUUUUUGCUGUCAUCUUUUCUGUGCUGCAUUAUAUCCAUCAAAUGUUGCUUGAUAAAGUGCACAAUGUGAUGUGUACAUCAUUCAGUGUAUUUAAACAUGCAUAACUGUACAAGCAUGGAAGAACAUCAGACUGUGUGGUUUGGGUUUUCUGAAUGUACUUCUUUCCACUAAAUGAAAAUUCCUCAUUGAGCUUGAGGAAAAUAUUUUACACUGGUUUGUGUGUAUCUAUCCCACAUCUACUUUCCUGAAAUCCUUGGGAUUUUGUUUUAAUGUGGGUGUUUUUAGUGUGUGUGUGGUGUACAUUUACUGAUCCCAAAUCAAACAGCCACAGUGCCAGACUAACAGUGAUAUAAGAACUGUCUUUGUCUCACACACACGGCUCUAUAAUUUUGAUUAAUAAUGGUAAUGUUUACCCUAACCUGUGCUCUCGAACCCAACCUUUGAACUUGGCAAGGCCUUAAAGUAUAAUUUACUGUAGCAAGUGUGAUCAUUCCAUGAAGAUCAUGUCGAGCCUUUACGAGCACAAGACUUACGAAUCUAGGCUCCCUGCUUCAAAAUUAGAAUGGAAACGCAUCCGGUGGUGAACUUGUCCAAGGUCUUACUGAAAAUAUCGCAUACACAUCGACCACACGGACACACGCAUUGAUUCCCUCAUCAGCAGUUCACAAAACAAUUUGGAUUUGAUGCAUCCAAACACUCCUUUUC